UACGUGUAAUGCCAGCAACGGAUGAAAGCUGAGAUCUUUAUGCGUUUUUUUUCUUUUUCUCAUUUUCUUUAUUGCUAGUUUUAGUUCUUGGGCGUUUUUAUUUAUUCUUCGUGCAAAUCUAGAUUUUGGGUUGCCGUUACAAUUUUUGUUUUCCUUCAUACGUUCUUCGUCUGUAUUUUUUUUUUUUUUAAUUUCAACAGAAAACUGAUAAGUUUGAGGUUUUAGUGUCGGCCUUGCAGGUAUCUUGGGAUUUUUCGGGGUUUAUGUUAUUUUACAGUUUUUGGGUAUUAUCAAGAUUUAGGCAAUUGUAUUGAUCAUUUUUUUGUGAUAUUUUUCUCUGCAAUUUAGUCCAAAAAAUGUGGAAUUAAGUGAGUGACUGUUUUCUUUGGAGUUUUAUGGUUUUUAUUGGCGUUUCCUAUGACUUUCUAGAUUUGGGACUGUACGAGCAGAUCUUGGAGAUUUUCUUGUUAAAUUUCUUUCUUAUUUUUCAGAUUCAGUGAAAUUUGACUUUCAUAUUUUCCUGUGAGGGGAAAAAAUAUGGUUCUGUGUCAUGUGCACCCAACAGAGGAGUUUUGAUGGCUAGUGCCUAAUCACCUAUUUUCACUUUAUAUUUUUGUUCAAAAGGAGAUAAAGAUCAAAGAUACAGGCUCAGUUUGUGAAUAUGAUGAUGUUUGAGGAGAUGGGGUUCUGUGGGGAUCUCGAUUUCUUCCCGACUCCAGUGAAGGCACCAGUUGCUCAGCCAAACGGAUCCUUAGAGCCGGUUGUCGAGGACGAUUACAGUGAUGAAGAGAUUGAUGUGGAUGAGCUGGAGAGGAGGAUGUGGCGCGACAAGAUGAAACUCAAGAGGCUGAAAGAGAUGAACAAGAACAACGAAGGUGGCGGUGGCGGGGGUAGUGGACACUGUGAAGAACCGCCAGUCCCAAGAACAGGCGAGGAGGAAAAAGAUGUCUCGGGCCCAGGACGGGAUCUUGAAGUACAUGCUGAAGAUGAUGGAAGUGUGUAAAGCUCAAGGAUUUGUCUAUGGGAUAAUCCCGGAGAAAGGGAAGCCAGUGAGUGGUGCCUCUGACAAUCUCCGGGAAUGGUGGAAGGAUAAGGUGAGGUUUGACCGUAACGGUCCAGCUGCUAUAGCGAAGUAUCAAGCCGAAAAUGCAAUCCCCGGUCAGACCGAGGGGAUUGAACCGGUUGGUCCGACACCUCACACGCUACAGGAGCUGCAGGACACCACACUCGGUUCGCUGUUAUCAGCUUUGAUGCAGCAUUGUGAGCCCCCACAAAGGCGGUUUCCCUUGGAGAAGGGUGUCCCACCUCCGUGGUGGCCCACGGGGAAUGAGGACUGGUGGCCUCAAUUAGGUUUGCAUAAAGAGAAUGGUCCCCCACCUUACAAGAAGCCUCAUGAUCUGAAGAAGGCUUGGAAGGUUGGUGUUCUAACUGCCGUGAUCAAACAUAUGCACCCCGACAUUGCCAAGAUCCGGAAGCUCGUCCGCCAGUCCAAGUGCUUGCAAGACAAAAUGACUGCCAAGGAAAGUGCCACUUGGCUUUCCAUUAUUAACCAAGAGGAGUCCUUGGCCCGUGAGCUCUAUCCUGACCGCUGCCCGCCCUUGUUGUCUUCACCGGGCAGUGGGGCGUUCACCUUGACCGACACUGGCGAGUACGAUGUUGUCGAUGACCAAUCGAACAUGGAGAAUUUUCAAGACCAGAAACCAAAUAAUCUCCAUGGUUUCUUAGAUUUCUCAAGAAAGAGGAAGGCGGGCAAUGACCCGCCUACCCUUAUGGAUCAAAACAUCUAUACGUGUGAUGCCCUUCUCUGUCCCCGUAGCGAGAUCCAUCUCGGGUUUCCAGAGAGAUCUGCCAGAGACAACCAUCAACUAUCUUGCCCUUUCCAUUCUGCUCAAUUCGGGGUGCCACAGUUCCAUAUUAACCAACAAGUCAAGCCUGGACCUGUUUACUCUCAACAGUUUGUUGAACCUAAAAUCCCUGAUCUUUCGGGUCUUGGUGUUCCUGAAGACGGGCAAAGGAUGAUCACCGAUCUUAUGUCAUUUUAUGACACAAACAUUCAAGCUAAAGAGCAGCAAACUAUUGAGCAAGCUGACAACAAGUUCCUCCAAAACCAAGGAGCCAAUAUGAAGGGAAUGAUGUAUGAGGACUGUAACCGUCCAGACCAGAUGGUUUCAACGGGUGAUCGGCUUAACCAUUGCGGUAAGUCUCUGAAUGCUCCACCUGUUGGUUCAUUCUUUAAUAACAGCUGCCCAAAUGAGACAUUCCCAUUCAUGUUUGGCUCUCUAUUCAAUCCACAAGCCACCGACUAUGCGGAAGCUUUACCCGGGAUUGCUCGGGAUGCCAUGUUACCGAAGAAGGAUGUCCCUAUUUGGUAUUAGCAUAUAAAGUCUGCAGCGCGCAUGUGAUUAUAUAUUAUAUUUGGAUCAAUUUAUUCAUCAUAUUGUUGUCUCUGCCAUGUUGUUGUACUGGUGAAACUUGAAAGGGCUAUGAUGCAAAAGUAUUAGUACCAUCUGUGCUCAGUACCAGUAUCGUGUCUUUUGUUAUGGCUAUAUGGAUUUGGCCGGAUGGUGCAGCCUUUGUUGUUUUAUUGAUGCAAAUUAUUAUUAGUCCAUUUUCUGGAAUGGAUGACAAAUAAUAAUGCUUUGAUAUAAAUUAAGUUUGUGCUGAGUUUUCAAAUGGUGGUAGCAUGUUUUGUUAGCAACUUAUAAUCCUUGCCUUUUUGCUAGUAUUUGGUGAUCCUGCCUUUGCGAGAUAUUUUUAGUUUCAAGAAUUUACCGUUGACAUUAAGAGCAUUGAGAUUAAGCUGCACAAU